AUGAUGAAAACGGAGUCUUCAGGAGAAAGAUCAACCCUCCGAAGUGCCUCUCCUCACAGGAACGCUUACAGAACUGAGUUCCAGGCACUGAAAAGCACCUUUGACAAACCGAAAUCAGAUGGAGACCAGAAAGCGAAAGAGGAAGGAGAGGCCUCACAGAGCAGAGGAAGGAAAUAUGGCUCAAAUGUCAAUAGGAUUAAGAACUUAUUUAUGCAGAUGGGCAUGGAGCCCACUGAAAGUGCUGGGGUUACCCCUAAAACCAGAGGAAAGGGUGGCCCUCCAUCACCUCAAAGACGAAUUAGGCCCAAAGAAUUUGUAGAAAAAGCUGAUGGUUCGAUUGUAAAACUGGAAUCAUCCGUCUCAGAAAGGAUCAGUAGGUUUGAUACGAUCCACGAUGGUCCUUCCUAUUCCAAGUUUACCGAAACUCGGAAGAUGUUUGAGCGAAAUGCUCAUGAAACAGGACAUUCCAAUCGCUACUCCCCAAAGAAAGAGAAAGUUGUUUCCAACGAGCUUCCGGAUGAGUGGUGCAGUGCCAAGUCUCACAGGGGCAGCACCGAUUCGCUGGACAGCCUUAGCCCAAGGACAGAGACCGUCUCUCCAACUGUGAGUCAGCUCAGCGCAGUUUUUGAGAACACUGACUCACACAACGUGAUCAUUGUAGAGAAGUCGGAAAACAAUGAAGAGUACUCUGUAACUGGUCACUAUCCGCUAAACCUCUCCUCCACUGUCGCAAGUAUCUCCUCCCCGGUGGCAAACCUUGAGGGUUUCAGUCCUCUGAAAGAUGCCAGCACAUGGUCUCCCCCAGCCAAACAGGGUACAGGUGGGAUAUCUGCUGAGAACUCUGAGCAAAAUAGCGUGUCUUCAGCACUGAGACAGAAGACUUCCACAGGCACUUCAGCAGGUUCAAAAACAACUGAAGAGAUAAAGAAGGGUACAGAGGCAGGUGCUGAUGCUGUUGAGAGCUCUGGAGCGAGUCAACAGGAACUGGUCAACGUGCUUGACAGUGAAAGAUCUAUGGACAGCUGUGCUAGGAGCAAGUCAAAAACAGAGGCAGAAGUUUUGUUGCAACAAAAGGAACAGUUGGAACAUGCAGAGGGUGUCUUGGAUAGAUCCGAAUCUUCAGAAUUACCAAGAAAUGUAGCUUCAGGUGGUGAUUUAGCCACAGAUGUAGUUUCAGAUGCUACCGAGUCCCAUUAUGAUGAGACAAGUGAAAAAGAAGCGCAUGAAGAUGUGAAUAAUUUUCAGAGUUCCCAUGUGUACAUGCACUCUGACUACAAUGUAUACCGGGUACGAUCGAGAUAUAACUCUGACUGGGGAGAGACAGGUACAGAACAGGAUGAUCAGGAUGACAGUGAUGAAAAUAACUGUUAUGAACCUGAUAUGGAAUAUUCUGAAAUUAAUGGAUUGCCAGAUGAAGAUGAAAUCCCAGCCAACAGGAAAAUACAGUUUAGCCGUGCUCCAAUUAAGGUUUUCAAUACAUAUUCUAAUGAGGACUAUGACAGGAGAAAUGAUGAAGUUGACCCAGUGGCUGCAUCAGCUGAAUAUGAACUUGAGAAGCGUGUGGAAAAACUGGAGCUCUUCCCGGUUGAACUAGAAAAAGAUGAAGAUGGACUUGGCAUAAGCAUUAUUGGAAUGGGAGUUGGAGCAGAUGCAGGCCUCGAAAAACUGGGAAUAUUUGUCAAAACAGUAACAGAAGGUGGGGCAGCAGAAAGAGAUGGCAGGAUCCAAGUGAAUGACCAAAUUGUGGAAGUGGAUGGAAUCAGUCUGGUUGGUGUUACACAAAAUUUUGCUGCAACUGUUCUUAGAAAUACCAAAGGGAAAGUCAGGUUUGUAAUUGGACGAGAAAAACCAGGACAAGUGAGUGAGGUUGCGCAGCUGAUUAGCCAAACUCUAGAACAAGAACGCCGCCAGAGAGAGCUGCUGGAGCAGCAUUAUGCACAGUAUGAUGCAGAUGAUGAUGAGACAGGGGAAUAUGCUACAGAUGAAGAAGAUGACGACAUGGGACCUGUCCUUCCAGGAGGUGACAUGGCUAUUGAAGUGUUCGAUCUCCCUGAAAAUGAUGACAUGUUCUCCCCAAGUGAUGUGGACACCAGCAAGCUUGCUCACAAAUUCAAAGAGUUACAAAUCAAACAUGCAGUUACAGAAGCCGAAAUUCAGAAGCUAAAGACGAAGCUUCAGACUGCUGAGAAUGAGAAGGUGAGGUGGGAAUUGGAGAAGACCCAACUCCAGCAGAACAUUGAGGAGAAUAAGGAAAGGAUGAUGAAAUUAGAGAGUUAUUGGAUUGAGGCACAAACCCUGUGUCACACAGUGAAUGAGCACCUCAAGGAGACGCAAAGCCAGUAUCAGGCUCUGGAGAAGAAAUAUAACAAGGCAAAGAAAUUGAUCAAGGAUUUUCAGCAAAAAGAACUUGACUUCAUCAAACGCCAGGAAGCUGAACGCAAGAAAAUAGAAGAUUUGGAGAAAGCACAUCUUGCAGAGGUUCAAGGCUUACAAGCUCGUAUACGAGACUUGGAAUCGGAAGUUUUCAGGCUAAUGAAGCAAAAUGGGAGCCAGGUUAACAAUAACAACAACAUUUUUGAAAGGCAGACAUCUUUUGGAGAAGUUUCUAGAGGAGAUCCAGUGGAAAAUCUAGAUACUAAGCAAGUGUGCCUGGAUGGCUUAAGUCAAGGUUUGUUUGAACCAAACCAUCACUCUUAUUAA